AUGCAAAGCAACGAAGUAGAGCUUCAGGAGUUCCAAGAUGGGAAGCGAAUGGAGCUGGCAUGCUUGAUAGCUGUGAGCGACCAAAGGACAGUAUGGAUUAAACAAGGAUGGUCUGCGACCUUUGAAAGACAUUAUCCUGAGCUGGCCAAGGAAAUCAAGUCUUAUGGCCUCAAUGCCGUUAGGCUGUGUGCAUUUGGCCCUGGCCCUGGCGAGCGUUACUACACCGGAUGGGACGAAUUUCGUAUCUACAGCUGUUCGCCCAAGUUCACCAAGGCGAUGAAGAGCAUCAAAAACAAUAGCUCUAUAGGUUCAGUCAUAGCGGUGGCUUUUGGACACGGCAGCUCGUUUCUUGUUUCUUACGGGUUUGAAAAUGGCCACCUCGGCUGGACACACGACCUCCAGGGUUACUACCCAAGUCUAAAUCGCUUUUUGAAAAGCCAGAAGGAACUUGGAAACAAGAUCAGCAUACAUGCGGCGACGCUUGACCCCUUUAGCAAGACUGAUUACCUCGUUGUCUUCACUGAUAAUGAUGGAAGGGACAGAAGUAACCUCAAGUACAAAAUGCACUGUUCUAAUAGUAGCACCCGCCAGGCAGUACGGGACUGGUGGGAGGUAACUAAAGGGCGUCAACCACCUCGUGGAUCACGGGGUUGA